AGCAGACAGACGACAGAAAGUGCAGGAAAGGAAGAGCAGAGAGAGAGAGAGAGAGAGACAGCAGGAGGACGUAUAGAGGAGAAGAAGAUCCAGGCAUGGGCGAGGAGAUGGAGCUGGAGUUUACGGAGGACCUGCAGCUGACGGAGGUGAUGAGGCUGCGGGUUCAGUCCCUCCAGCAGAGAGGGCAGAAGCGGCAGGACGGAGAGCGCCUCCUGCUGCCCCACGAGUCUGUCUACAGGCUGGACUUCAGCGAGCAGGAGCUCACCUUCUCACACUGGAACGUCUGUCUGAAGGGUCUAGGUCGUCUGUCCGUUACCGGAAUCUCCCAGCUCUGGACGCCGGACCUGACCAACCUGAUGACCCGGCAGCUGCUGGAGCCCACGGGGCAGUUCUGGAGGAGCGCGGGGGACCCCGAGGACGCCCCCCUGAAGUGCCUGGAGGCCGACAUCCAGGAGUUCGGCGAGAGGAUAGCCGAGCUGGCCAAAGUCAGGAAGGUGAUGUACUUCCUGUUCGCCUUUAAAGACGGAGCAGAGAAGGACAACAUCAAGUGCUCCCUGAUGUUCAAGAAGAACGAGGCCUGACCUUUAACCCCACGGCUAAAUCUUAGCCGUCCUCCAGGAGCCGCUACGCUAACGGUCACUCCCUUAUCUAGUCUCUUUGCACUGAUGAGUAGAAUAACCAAUAUAUAGGAGACAUUAGUGUUCAAAGGUUUGGAAUCGAUAUAAACCGAUUUAAUCAGAAACAAAAGUAUAACAUUAAUCUACAGCAAUUGAAAGAUUGAUUGAAGAAAAUUACUUAUUAUUAUGACUAGAAAACUGCUAAAAGAUGCAAAAAUUCAGCAGCCAAUCAAAAUAAGAGCUCACAAACAUACACUAUACUUAAAACACCUAGUAACAAAAAUGUCUAAUUAGAUAAGGGAGACAAAGAGAAAUAAAAAAAUAGAUAUAUAUGACAUGCCAAAAGUCAUGGGACAGCCUAGCCUUGCCAUGAGCAUGCUGACCAGGAUUUAAUAAACCUCACUCACAAGAUUACACCUCACAACGUAUACUGUACCAUAUUAAAGGUGUGUGCAUUCCCAAGUCAUCCCCAGAGGGAAUACUUUAUAAUGAUUUAUAAAUGAUUAAUAUACUGUGAACUGCCAUCCCAUGACUUUUGGCAUGUCAGUGGUUACUGUGUGUAAAUAUGUGCAUGUUUUUUAAAUUGAAAGGGGAAAAAUAUUUACAAUUAUUUAGAAUUUAUAUUAAAAGUUGAAAAGGAAAAGUUGAUAAAGUGAAUUAAGACAUAUAUAUAUAUACAGGUCUUAAAAAAGAUUAAGAGAAUAAUUGAAUGAUCAGAUUAUCUGAUUUUACUAUUUAUGAGUUUAGUUUGAGUAAAAUGAACAACCUUGUUUUAUUCUAUAAACUACAGACAACAUUUCUUUCUUAAGAACUCAAAUAAUGCAUAGAAAACAAGUUGAAAUUUAAUUAGAAACAAAAAAUACUAAUGUUUUUAAUGUUCAGAUAUCAAUGUUUGAGGGAAUACCUCAAACCCUGAUUUUAUUAAAACAGCAUCAUGAUCUCCUCCACCAGUCUUACACACUGCUUUUGGGUGACCUUAUACUCCUGGCGCAACAAUUCAAGCAGUUCUUCAGCAGUUCUUUUUUUGCUGGCUUGUAAUCAUCAUUUUUCCUCUUUAAAUUCCUUCCUAACUAUAUUUCAAAAGUUUUCAGGGGUUCAGGUCUGAAGAUAUAAAUUUAUAUUAAUAGUUAUGGGAUAAUAUUUUACAUUUUACUCACUUUUUCAAAGAUUUCUCGACAUACUAAAUAAACUGUCUAAAAUUACACUAAUUAAAGCAUUUAUUAUUUGUGCAUAUAAAUUAAGAGGUCAAUUAAUUUGGCAAUUGAUUCCAAGCGUUUGAACACUAGUGUAUUAUAGAUAGUAUUUUUGGAAAUAAGCUAACUAACCUGCUAAUUAGUAUAAAGUGUUCUUCCUGAGAGAUAGCCUACUGCUCAAUUAUUUAAUACAAGUGUUUGAUAGAGAUUAUUUAUUUUCCCAGCUGUCUAAUAUAAUGAAUUUAUGUGUGACCAAAAGAAAAAAGAACAACCUGAACUAUGCUGCUUUAAUAUUAAUAAGAAUAUAUAAUAAAUAUAUUACAUUUGUCUUAAGAGCACAGAAUUUAUAUAUAAGAGUUUAAAAAAAGAGAGAAAUAAAUUAGUUUUGUUCAAUGGUGAA